AUGUUUCAGAUCCUCACAAUGCUGUUGGUGGAAAUACAGCUUUCCGUGGUCUCAGGUAAGACAGAAACUGCUUUAUUUACAGUUGAAGUUCCUCAACAGCUGUACGUGGUGGAAUAUGGGAACAACGUGACAAUGGAAUGCAGAUUCCCUGUGAACGGCUCGUUAAACCUAGAACUCCUGACAGUUGUUUGGGAGCAAAAAAGACAGGGGCAGUUGAAAUCAAAAGAGGUGUACACACUUCGCAAUGGGAAGGCACUCCCUCCAUCUCAAGAUCAUGAUUACAUAGGAAGAGCAGCACUUCUGCACAGUGAACUGAAAUUGGGACGAGCUGUCCUUCAGAUCACCAGAGUGAAGAUUACAGAUGCAGGAUCAUACCUUUGUCUCAUUGAAUACCAAGGCGUGGACUACAAGUACAUUACUUUGGAAGUAAAAGCAUCCUACAAGAGAAUAAACACUCAAGUAAUAAGAAUACCAGCUGAAGACAAAUUUGUUUUUAUCUGUCAGUCAGAAGGCUUUCCUCUGGCAGAGGUUUUCUGGCGAAAUGAGAAGAACUUCAAUCUCAGUGGAUCUGCAAAUACCACCUAUACACUGACUGCAGACAGCCUGUACAAUGUCACCAGCACCCUGAUGUUCAAACCAAAUAUGAGUGAGAACUACAGCUGUGUGUUCUGGAAUAAAGAACUGAGCAGAGAGACUUCAGCUCACAUUUCCACUCUAGCUUUAAUGAGCAGACAGCAUAGUGGACAAAAAUCCCUGAUCUUAUUUAUUGUCCCCACAUGUGUGACGGUAGCUGUCCUUUCCUCUGCAUUAAUAAUCUUUCAAAAGAGAAAAUCAUCCAAGGAUGGGCAUCCCAAAAAAGACAGGAAAAGAAAAUUGAACCCUAACCUGAAAGAUGAGAACAGAGAUGAUUUAAACUCUCAAACUGAGGCCUUAUACUUGUCAACUAUCACUGCUUCAAGAGACAGUGGGAGCGUGGGUCUCUGA